AUGAUCCGGCGACUAAUUCCAGGACUGACCUCCGGGCUACGACGGGGCUUUGCCUCCGAGGCCUCCGGAGCUGCCAAGCAGGCCACCGUCGACACACUGCCCGGCGCAGCAAAGUUGCCCGAGUUCGUUCUCACCUCGGUGCGACAGUUUCCCUCUCUUGAGCCCACACGUCUACAGCCUGUCACCUCGCAAAUGCUGGGUGCUCAGGUCCACAAGGAUCUGCUGUGGAGAGCCGUGGUCUACGAGGCUGAUCGACAGCGAGUAGGAGCCUCCAAUCCCCCUGGUCGAGAGCAGAUGGGCUACUCUACCCGAAAGCUUCACAAGCAGAAGGGAAUGGGUAAGGCCCGAGUCGGUGAUGCUGGUUCACCCACACGAACACAGGGAGGUUUCGCGCUCGACAGAAAUGCCCCCAACAAGAUGGCCACCGGACUGCCCAAGCAGGUGUACGCCUCGGCCAUCCGAGCUGCCCUUACCUCACAGUACCAGGAGGGUCGACUUUUUGUAGUUGACGGCCCCUGUGAGCUGCCAGAGUCCGUCAAGGACAACACAACCUUUGGACAACAGUGGCUGCAGGGCGAGCUUGGCUUUGGUAAGAAGGAGAUGACCGUUUUCCUGGUUGACACCGAGCGACCCAUUCUGGACUCUGUGCUCGGAAAGGACAACCUCAAGGCCGACAUUGUGCCCAAGGAGUUCAUUGAGGUGCGAGACAUUCUCAAGGCCCGAAACGUGGUUGUUGAGUACGACGUGCUCAAGUGGCUGGCCGCCAAGUAUCCCACCCGGGAUCUCUUCGGCUCCUUCAAGCCCUGGACUAAUUAG